AUGAAAGAUAUAAUUAAAAUCAGGUCAAUUCCGAUACCGGAGGGCUUGGUGAUGGAUCCCUUAUCACCCACGGCGCUUGCAGUUCCGAAUCAUUUUAUGGACCGCAUUGGCAGUGGGCUCACUCUAUUGAGGGAGCAUGGCAAGAAAGUUCAAAAGUAUCUAUUAAAGAAUAGAAAGUUUGAAGUUCUCAAGAAGUCAUGGAAGUCAAUUGUGAACAUUGUAUUGGUGGAAGCGAAGGACUUACCUGAUGGACCGGGUAACACAUCGAACGGGCUCUAUUGCAAAUUUAGGUUAGGAAACGAGACACACAAGUCAAAGCAAGUACAAAAAUCAAAACCUGUCUGGCGCGAGAGAUUUAACUUAUUUCUUUACGAAGAUAAUUCAUUAGAGAUAACCGUAUGGCACAAGGCGAAACAAAAAAGCUUCGUGGGACGAUGCAUCAUUGAUCUAUCGCAGAUCGAAAAAGAGAAGACUCAAGAGCUGUGGCAGGAGUUGGAGUGUGGGUACGGCUCUCUUCACCUGUUGAUCACACUGAGUGGUACAGACAGGAGCAUCCCCGUUGACAGUAUUCCCACAUCUAACGGUGUUCGGCACGAAGCGCCAACAGAUGAUAAAUUUUUAUGGUACCGUCUUGACAAUAGUUGGAGCGAGGUGGGCCAGUUAUCAUUAACAUUGCACGGCGCCAAGGGACUGAGCGCUUUGAACUUCAGCGGGAACGUAAAUGCAUAUUGUAUUAUAGAAUUGGACAACGCAAGAGUACAAACACACACGAUACGAGGCACGUCAGAUCCUAGCUGGGAUAAGAGCUUUGUUUUUUCUAUAAACGAUAUCACGUCAACGAUAGAUAUCGCUGUAUAUGAGGAAUCGUUAAUUCAGUCCAUGAAAGGAGAGAUGCUGGGGAAAAUAUCUAUACCACUGCUGAGAAUCAACAACAACGAGAAAAAGUGGUACGCGUUGAAGGAUAGAUCGAAAAAGAGUGGCGCCCGAGGAAACUGUCCGAGGGUACUUUUGGAAAUGUCCAUAGUAUGGAACCCGAUAAAAGCAUCAAUGCGUUUACUUCAGCCUAAAGAAACGAAAUACAUACAAAAACCGCCUAAAUUCGAUAUUCCACUUAUUUAUAACAAUUUAAUAUUUAUAAAGCACAUAUUCAAAGUGUUUCAAACGGGAAACGAUCAUUUCAAACGAGUAUUCGAAUGGGAAAACCAAGAGCUGUCUGCGCUUGCGCUUGGUGGUUGGCUGAUAUUUUGGUAUUUCUUCCGACUGUGGUUGACGCCAAUGUUACUACUUCUUCCUUUUAUCCACUACUGGCUGGUACAAAGAAAUAAUACACAAGUUCCGGUCUGUCAGUCCGACGACGAUGAUUCAGACGAGGAGACAGAAGCACAAAAGGAUGACAAAAGUAUAAAGACGAGAAUAAGCGAGUUACAAGAUCUCACAAUUACUAUUAAGAAUGGAAUCGAUUAUAUUGUGUCUCUCCUUGAAAGACUAUACAACUUGGUGAAUUUCAGCGUACCAUAUUUGAGCUACAUAUUUAUGCUCGCACUAAUAGGAGCGUCCAUCGCGUUCUACUUGAUACCAGCUAAUUAUUUAUUCAUGGCAUUUGGCAUUUACAAGUUCGGGCGAAAAUUCCUUAACCCAGAAAGAGUUCCAAACAACGAUAUUUUGGACUUCAUAUCAAGGGUUCCGGACAACCAAAUGUUGAAACAGUGGCGAGAGCUGAAAGUGCCUGAAGUCAGCGAGGGUCAACCAGAUUCUAUGAAGAGAAGAUAG